AUGCAAUGGGUGUGGACAUGGUCCUUGUCCCAGUUCACCCUGGUGAUGAGUGCGACGAAGGGGCGGAAGCAGCGACUAGGAAUGACCUGGACUCCGGAGCCUGAACCUAUACCGGUUCCAGAAUUGGAAGAAGGGGACCCGGAAACUAAAGAGAGGAAAAGCUGGAUAUGGGACAUCGUCGACAUGGACAUCAUCGCCAUUCUUACCACCGUCGUCUUACAAGACGGGCCAUUUCUCAUCAUCAGGAUGGUCCUGAUCUUCCACUACAACGUGGUCAGCUACCUCAACAUCUUCUUUACCUGCAAAAACACCCUGGUGGCCACGCUCCAGAUUUACCGCCUCUUCGUCCUCAUCUGCGAGAAGAUCCGCAAAAAGCAUAAGCUAGCCCGGGAAGCCGAGGAGGAAGGAUUCGGCGAAUACUCCGAUUCCGAGCUAGAAGGCCAGCUCAGCAGCAUCUCCGAAGACGAGCAGUUCCGACUGAGCCAGGCACUCCGGCAGAACGAGGAAGACCCCGACUUCGACCUCCGCAAGUGGCUGGAGGAGGAGAUCUCGAAUCACCUGAAGCGAAGGAACUCAACCGUCAGGGGGAUACCCCCACCCAUGACCCCCAUUAACGAGGAAGAGGAAUCGGUGAAGAGCGACCCUGCGACGCGGCGACGGAGCCAGGAGUCGAAGCGAAGUUUCGCUCCCUCGCGGAAGCCGUCGAAAGACAAGAAGCAGGUGAAAGACGAGGAAAAGGAUCUUGAAGUGAAAGAGAAGAAAAAUGAAACAGGAAAAAAGAAAGGUAAGUUGAAGAGGGAAACAAGUGAGGAAUCCAGCAAUAGUGAUUCAAGUGGCAAGAAGAAAAAACACAAGAACCGAGUAAAACCCAAGAACCCGGUAAAACCCAAGAAGGGUAAGGAAGAGACCAGUGAUGAGUCGAGUGAUGAAGAAAGCACCAGUGGGACCACAGUGUCCACCGUCGAAGAUGCCAAAAAGAGAAAAAAGAAGAGACUGUCGAGAAAACGUCGAACGGGACGAGACGCCGAUGCCACCCUCCUCGAUCAGCUGAGGACAGCCUUGAUGACUUCAAAGAAGCUGCCAAGUCGUCGCAGCAGCAUGAAGGAGAUGGGCAUGAACCAGUUUCCGAGAAAUAUCUCUCGGAUGAGUCUCCGAGACCUCGCCUUGGAAGAAGGCGACUCUACUAGUGAUGGAGGCGGACGGGUCAUUUUCCAGAUCGAGAGUGAGAUAGAGGAGCACCCCAAGAAACUGUGGGAAGAGAUGGAAAGGUAUAAGCUGAAGAAGAAGAUGAAACAUAUAGAAGGAGGAGCAACUCCAAAAGCAAUUCCACCGAUGUUCCAUUGCAAUACUCCGUCCCCGUAUGGUAUGUCUUCACCGCAGCUCCUCCACUCCCAGGUCGGAUCUAUCUCCAGUCUCCGAAAUCUGGAAAAGUGGUACGAGGGUGCACGUUCUCGAGCUGAAUUUCCGCCAGACCAUGUGGAUUACCCUUCGGGAAUCCCAAGAAUGCGUGCAAGACCCCCUCCAUUUGACACCAUGAGUCUCCACGGACUCAGUCGAACUCAAAGCGUGGGAAGGCUGGACAUGGACAAUGCUUCAUUCACAUCUCUUCCAACCAACAAGAUGGAGAGUUUUAAGAGGAAAGCAUUUCCAUGCGAUGUGGAUGCCAGUCAACAUCUCGAACGCAACCUGAGUGUCCUUCCAGGACCUGAUGGAUGUCUCCCGCUAGGAAACCCUUGUCAACCUGUGAACGAGGUUCGUGGGAACAGAGAUGCACAGGCCCUUCCCAGCAAACAUAGUAAUAUUGUGGGAACGCUCCCCCAGAGUCAAUACAGUGUCAUCGACGUUGAAGGUCAAAGGACAACAAUGGAAGGUGAAAUACUCACUGGAAUCAGACCAGCUGGAGUAGGCAAUAAUGUGUCCAUCUGGACUGAAAGCAGUUCCCACAAUGCUCCACCCAACAUCCCGAGCCUGUACCCGGAGUUUGAGCUUCAG